UUUUAAUGAUAUUGAAAAAGUUAUUCAAAAUUUUAAUAAUAAAGAAUUAACUGAUAUUGUUCAAAAAUGUAAAGGAUUUGUAAUAGAUAACGAUGAAAAAGCUAGCACAGAAAUAAGUCAAUGUUUAAGACAAUGUAUUAUUGAUACAAUAGAAAAUUAUACAACAAGUUUAUUAACAUAUCGUCAUAAGGCUUUACUUGCUUUUAAUCAUUUUGAAAAAAAAUUAAAUGAUUUAUUAUCGACUUAUGGUGUUAUUCAUAACGAAAAUUUAAGAAAUUCUUUGAAGCAAAUAUUAGACGAAUUUAACAAACUUCCUGAUGAUGCAAAUAGUACUUAUUAUAAUCGUUCUUUAAAUUUAUAUAAAAACUUCGUAAACAUUCUAAACGGAGAAUUUGAAGAAUGUGUUUCGGUAAUAAAAGAAAUGUUAAAUGAAGCUAAUCAUACCCUUAAACCUUAUUUUAAAGAAAAAAUAAAUAAUACUAAGAAUAUAUUAAAUAGUUACAUAAAUUGGUAUCAAAUUAAAACUUAUCAAGAAAAUGAAUAUAUUAUUUUUGAAAUUACAACAACUUCAGGAAUUCUUAGUAAAAUUUUAGAUCGUCUUCAAACUCAAUUUCCAGAUUGUUUUCGUCCUAAUAAUGAAAUAAGAAUUAUUAAUUCUAAUAAAUUUUAUAUUGAUACUGAUUUAUGUAGUUCAGAAUAUUCUGGAGUAAAUAUUGUUUUAGUUAGUCCAUAUCAAGAAUUAGUUGAAAAUAAAAAAAAAUUAAAGAUUUGUACAGAUGGAGAAAAUGCAAAAGAUAUUUGGAAAGAUAGCCCAGCAAAAAGUGGGCAUUGUAAAGGAGAGAAAGGAAAAGAUGGAUCUGAUGGUAAACCCGGAAAAAGUGCCGGACAUGUUUAUAUAGUUGCGAAUGAAUUACCAGAGAUUGAUGUGUCAGCUUAUGGGAAAGAUGGGAAGGAUGCUGAUAAACAGGCUUUAAUAGAUAAAGUGAAGUACAAUUUUUGGCAAUCUUGGUCUGCACUUCGCAUACGUGGAAUUGGUACUGAUGGUGAGCCUGGUAGUUCAGGGGGAGAUGCUGGUUCAGGAGGAUUUCGUGGUGAUGGAGGUAAUCCUGGAUUAGUAAGACUUAUUGCUUUAAAUAAUAGUUUACAAGAAUUUCAAUAUGACAAUCGACCAGGAGACUCAGGAAGUGAUGAUGGUAGGCCAGGAAAGCUGGGUGAAGCAGGUAAACAUGGUAGAGAUGGUCUAGAUUAUGUCGUUACAUACAAGUGGAGAUGGGUAUUUAGUCGAGAAGUAGAUAAGGUAAAAGGAGGUCGCCUUAGUUCUCAUCAUAGGCAUAAUGAUAUUGAGACACAAGAGCGUAAAAAUUUCUCGAUGCUUCCGUUUGACGAUAAUGAACAUAAUCCUAGAUUUAAAAACAAAUAUGACGAUAAAUAUGCACAUAGAGGAGCUAAUAAGGCUCAGAAACAUCAAAAUCAAGAAAUUGUACAAAAAAUUCAUGCUAUUAAUAGUCAACAUGUUUUUCAAGUAACUUCACAGUUUUUUAGUAAAUUAAAUAAUCCUCAAAAAUUAUCGUAUCAACAUUGGUUAGCUCCAGAUCAAAAUGAAUUCUUAGAAAAACUCGCUAGAUUAGAAGGUUUACCACCUAGUGAAACCUAUGCACUUCCUGAUAUUGAAUAUGAUGCGAAACAGAUUUUAAUUUUAAAAGAAAAAUUUACUGAAACUAUUAAUAUAGAAAAUCAACGAUUAAAUUCAGAAAAAAUUGAUACAGAACAAAUGAGUAUUGGAAUAAAUUUACUAGGACAAGAAAUAUCAAAUCAAUAUAAUGAAUUUUUAGAACAAUAUCAAAUAGUUUAUCAACAAUUACAAAAAGAAAUUCAAAAAGUAGAUGUUAAUCAAUUAGCAACAGGAUUAGAAAUUCGAAGUAUGGAAAUUGCAAAAAUGAGAAGUACACUUCACAGAAUUAUUAAUGAACAACGUUUUAAUCAAUGUCUUAUUGCAUCACGAAGACGUACAGAUGUACUUAUUGAUAAUCGAGAACAAAAACUUUCGAAAUCGAUUUUAAAUAGGCAGAAUAUUAAUAUUUUUCAGAAAGAAAUUUCUAAACAAGAAUGGAAAAAAUUCCCAAUUGAAAAUAAUAUCAUUCAAAAGGAGAUUCUUGAAAAAUUUAAUAAAGAACCAGAUGAACAAUCUCUUUUAAAAAUUAAUUGUCAUUUUCUUUCCGAAUUAGAAAAAAUGCUUGCUCAAAAUAUUCUAGAAGAAAUUGAUAAAAAUCAUAUUUCAAAUUUUACGAAUAUUUAUCUAUACAAUUUACAACAAGGAAAUUUUACUUUCCAAAAUUUAAAAUUUAUUAAAAAACAAAAACAAACAUUUUAUGAAAUUUUACCUGAAUUGAAAUCAUUAGAAAACACUUCGGCUUUAGAUUUAUUAAUAGAAUUUUGUAAAGGUAUAGAAAGAGAAUGUUUAAGACAUUAUUGGUUAAUAUGGGUAAGAAAAACAUUAAAUUUUGUAGAAAAUAAAAGUGAAAUAAAAGAAAAUCUUUUGAAUCUUUCAAAUAAGAUACGUGUAGCUGAUGAAAAUCAACUGAUACUAUUUGAUAAUAAUCUUAAAUUUUCAUUUUUAUUGAAAGAAUUUCUUGAUUAUGAUUUUGAUGAAAAUUUAUAUCAGAGUAAUAGAUUAGAAUUAAUAAAAUCUAUUGAUAAAUUUAAUGAAGAUAUCGAAUGGGAUUUACGUGAAACAAAUGUCUUCUUAGAAUUAUUACUUACCUCAGAAGUUGAUCAAUCGAAAGAACAACUCACGAGGAAACAUUCUCAAACUUUGAGGAGUUUCUAG